GUUUUCUCUCUUCUCGCCGGCUUACUCUCUUACGUUAUCGAAAAACAACGUUCUCUCAAAACGUGUGCUGUCAAAAAUUUCUUAUUGUGCAACACAGAAUCACAAAAACCGGUGUUGGGACUGUCAGCACUAAGGAAAAUUCAACGUAAAUUCAACAAGUUUCGUCACCCAGAGUUACUGACCGCCAUCACAGCAUAACAAUGGUUGUUUUCCAACAGUUUGCCAGAUUCCUCCACACCACACGUGCUGUGUAUGCCGGUGCUGAGAAAAGUGCAUUGGCCGCCUUGAGAAAAAAGACCGGCUACACCUUUGCCAAUUGCAAGAAGGCCCUGGAGUUGCACAACAAUGAUAUCAAUUUGGCUGAAAAAUGGUUGAAAGAGCAAGCUCAAAGUCUUGGCUGGUCCAAGGCCACCAAAUUGGCUGAAAGGGCCACAGCUCAAGGUUUAGUUGGUGUUUUGGUACGUGGUAAUAUUGGAGCCAUGGUAGAGGUGAACUGUGAAACUGAUUUUGUGGCUCGCAAUGAUAAUUUCAAGAAUUUCGUUGACCAUGUUUCCCGGGUCUGUGCCCAAUACACAGAAUUGACGCAAUUUGAUGGAGAUCUAUGGAAGUCCGGUUUCGAAGCUGAAGCCUUGAAAAAUCUCAAAACACCCGAUGGCAAAUCUUUGGCCGAUCAUUUGGCCCUACUCAUUGGUACCGUAGGUGAAAAUGCCUCCAUCAAGAGGGCCAUUUGCUUUAAGGUCAGCAAUGAUCUGCAACUUUCCGGUUAUGCCCAUCCCCAGACAUCGGCUGCCAUUUGUCCACAAAAUGUUACACAGUUGGGUAAAUAUGGUGCCAUUGUUGCAUUCCGUGGUAAUAAAAUCGAUGAAGAGCUACAGAAAAAUCUUUGCCAACAUAUUGUGGGGUUGAAUCCCAAAAAGGUCGGCGAGGAGGGCAAGGAUGAGCCCAACUCCAAUAAGGAUGAAGAAACAUGUCUGAUACAUCAAGAAUAUCUGAUCGAUGAUGACAAAACUGUUGGUGAAGUAUUGAAAGAGAAUAAUGUUGCCAUUAUUGAUUAUCAACGUUUCGAAUGUGGUGAAGUGGCAACAAAUGAUGAUUUGGAACAAGCCAAAAUGAGCAAUUGACAAAUGCGCCAGGGGAAAGUAUUGGAGGGUCUGCCCGAAGGGGUCUGAGAGGUGAAUAAUUAAAAUUUAAUAAUUUGUUGAUAGAAUACUAUGUUAUUCUUCUGUAUAUGAUUUUAAAUGAAAAGCUACAGAAUAUAUUUACACAUAUGGACGCUUUUUCCAUUCAAUGUUAUUGUUAAAGCUUAAAUAAAUAUGAAACAAACAUACUGUAGUUAUAAAAAUACAAUGUUAUCCUAUACCAUGACCUAAA